CGGAUUUGAAGGCCGCAGCCCUUUGUGGUCCGGCAUUGAAGACGUUCCGGUGCAGGACGGAGUAGAGUGGCCUCCGGGGGGCCGCCCUGUCCGCCUGCCCCUGCGUUCCGGCCCGCGGAGCGUCCGCCUUCCCAGCAGAGCUCCCAGGUGGUCACCGCUUUCUCCAGCGCUCGUCUUUGUGCCCGAGGAAGGCUUUCCCAUGAAAGUGUCUCUCGGUAACGGCGAAAUGGGCGUCUCUGCCCAUCUGCAGCCUUGCAAGGCAGGAACCACACGCUUUUUCACCAGCAAUACUCACAGCUCGGUGGUUUUGCAAGGAUUUGAUCAGCUUCGAAUCGAAGGAUUGCUUUGUGAUGUGACCCUGGUGCCAGGGGAUGGAGAUGAAAUCUUCCCUGUGCACCGAGCUAUGAUGGCGUCUGCUAGUGAUUACUUCAAGGCCAUGUUCACAGGUGGGAUGAAAGAACAGGAUUUGAUGUGCAUUAAGCUUCACGGGGUGAACAAAGUGGGCUUGAAGAAAAUCAUUGAUUUUAUAUAUACUGCAAAGCUUUCUCUUAAUAUGGACAAUCUGCAGGACACCCUGGAAGCUGCCAGCUUUCUACAGAUUUUACCUGUUUUGGACUUUUGUAAAGUAUUUCUUAUUUCAGGCGUCUCUUUGGAUAACUGUGUGGAAGUUGGGCGAAUUGCUAACACCUACAACCUUAUCGAAGUGGAUAAAUAUGUCAAUAAUUUCAUCCUGAAGAAUUUUCCUGCAUUGUUGAGUACGGGGGAAUUUCUCAAACUCCCUUUUGAACGCCUUGCCUUUGUGCUUUCGAGUAAUAGUCUUAAGCACUGUUCUGAACUUGAGCUCUUCAAGGCUGCCUGUCGAUGGCUAAGGUUGGAAGACCCUCGGAUGGAUUAUGCUGCAAAAUUAAUGAAGAAUAUUAGAUUUCCACUGAUGACACCGCAGGAUCUCAUCAAUUAUGUGCAGACGGUAGAUUUCAUGAGAACAGACAAUACUUGUGUGAAUUUGCUUUUGGAAGCUAGCAAUUACCAAAUGAUGCCAUAUAUGCAGCCAGUGAUGCAGUCAGAUAGAACUUCAAUUAGAUCUGACUCAACACACUUGGUUACAUUAGGAGGCGUUCUGAGGCAGCAGCUGGUUGUCAGUAAAGAACUGCGGAUGUAUGAUGAAAGGGCACAAGAGUGGAGGUCGUUAGCCCCCAUGGAUGCCCCCCGUUACCAGCAUGGCAUUGCUGUGAUUGGAAACUUUCUUUAUGUUGUUGGCGGUCAGAGUAAUUAUGAUACAAAAGGAAAAACUGCCGUUGAUACAGUUUUCAGAUUUGAUCCUCGGUAUAAUAAAUGGAUGCAGGUUGCCUCAUUAAAUGAAAAGCGCACAUUCUUCCACCUUAGUGCCCUCAAAGGACAUCUGUAUGCAGUUGGUGGGCGAAGUGCAGCUGGUGAACUGGCCACAGUAGAAUGUUACAAUCCGAGAAUGAAUGAAUGGAGCUAUGUUGCCAAAAUGAGUGAACCCCACUAUGGUCAUGCUGGAACCGUGUAUGGAGGCUUAAUGUAUAUUUCGGGAGGAAUUACUCAUGACACUUUCCAAAACGAGCUCAUGUGUUUUGACCCAGAUACAGACAAAUGGACACAGAAGGCUCCAAUGACGACAGUCAGAGGUCUACACUGUAUGUGUACAGUUGGAGACAAGCUCUAUGUCAUUGGUGGCAAUCACUUCAGAGGAACAAGUGAUUAUGAUGAUGUUCUAAGCUGUGAAUACUAUUCACCAACCCUUGACCAGUGGACACCAAUUGCUGCUAUGCUAAGAGGUCAGAGUGAUGUUGGAGUUGCUGUUUUUGAAAAUAAAAUCUAUGUCGUAGGUGGAUAUUCUUGGAAUAAUCGUUGUAUGGUAGAAAUUGUCCAGAAAUAUGACCCAGAAAAGGAUGAGUGGCAUAAGGUUUUUGACCUUCCAGAGUCACUUGGUGGCAUUCGAGCUUGUACUCUCACAGUUUUUCCACCUGAAGAAAACCCUGGAUCACCUUCUAGAGAAUCCCCUCUUUCAGCACCUUCGGAUCAUUCUUAGGACUAAGGUGUGAUAUGUUUGCAGUGCAUCAUGGAUGAUCUUGUACUUUCAUUGUACCUGAAAUGACUGGUACAGUUAUUAGAUAAAAAGGUAAUUGGUGUUUGUGUUGUUUGGCUUAGUCUGUUUAUUAAAUGGUUAACAAGUGCAUUCUGAAAAUGUAUUCAGCAUAGCCAGCUGUUUUAACAUGUUAAAAAAAAAAGAUAAGUAGAAAAUGUUAGAUGUCUUUUUGUGGUGUCUUGUAAGUUAAAUUGUAGGUGAUUGUAGUAAAUGUAUAAUUAUGUUCAUUGUGUUUCAAAGUUGAAAGUUCACCUUUGACUGCAACUCAUCAAAGGGUGGCUGCUUGCUUUAACUAAGGUUAUAAACAAAAAAGGUUGUCAAGUAUUAACUAUCUCCUUUUUUUCCAUCGUUUUUUCCAUAGUUGCCAAUUCAUCAGGUUGUAUGGGUACAUUCAGAAUAUGUAGUUUUUAGACAGACAGAAGAAAUAAUACAUUCAGAAAUAUUAACUAAAAAAAAAGUGUAGCCCUAAUUCAGAGUUGUGCAUCACUAUGGAGGGAGAGAAAAUGCACCUAUACACAUACAUAUGUAUAUACACUAAUGCAUACCUACACAUGUAUCAUUUUUAAAUUUAUUGGCACUUCAGCUAUAGUAAAGUUUUUUAUUUAAAUUUAAAUUCUGUUCUGCUUAGCAGCUAUUUCUAUUCAAAUGGGAAUUCAGUAGCAGAGAAUAAAUGUCUAUAUAGUAAUACCGAGUUGAGAUAGAUGAAGACUCCAACAUAGUAAAUUGACAACCAAAUCUGUCAUUUGGCUAAAUUGUUAUUUAGGUAAAACAUUACUUUUUCUGUGUGUAUAUUGUUUUCUGUAGAGUUGCUUUUAUACAAGUUAUUAAGUUCAGGUUUCAGAGAAUUGCUUUUGCUCAUUAAAUUUAGGAUCUGCUGUUUUCUACCUUUUUAUUCAGUAACACUUAAGGAAAAGGCAGAGAAAGAAACACGCUGAGCAAAGCUGUAGGAUUUAAUGUUUAGUCGCCCAACUUAGUUAUUCUGACAUGAUUGUUUAGUUUUGGAGUGGUUUUGUGGUGCUGCUCCAGCCCAGGUGCAUCUUGAGCUUUGUGUGAUCUGCCUCAAGGCUGUCAUCUAAGCAAGCAGGAGAUUACAUUCUUCUGCAUCAAAUCAGAAUAAUGUCCUUUUGACUAUGUCUAAAGGAUAGGACCAACUUCAGAUUCCAUAAGAAGCCAGCUUCGGAAAGCCUAGGAAACUGCUGUCCUUGCAGGCUGUCCUGCAGUAGAUCAUCAGCCCCUGGUACCAAGUGCGACCAUACUGGUUGAGAACCACAUGGGAAGAUCUUAAUGGGACCGCGUCAGCAAAGGAAAUAUAGGAGCUCUCCGUAGUAAAUGAUUCUGAAGAGGUACUUUCCUCAAAUAGUUGUUCUAAAGGAGGAAAAUUACACAUAAACUUAGGUAUCAAUAUAUGUAUACCCUAGCCUAUAUUUGGGAUAUUGUCAUACGGUAAAUUAGGAACAACCUCUUUUUCUGACAAUCCCAUAAUAAAACUCAGGAACCAAGAAAAGAAGGAAUUGGCUUCCAGGAAUCUGAACCUUACUGCCCAUUGAUUCAUUUUAAUGCUUUUUAUAAUUUCUGUAUUGGCAGAAAUUUUCAUACUUUGUAUUUUUUUUAUGACUCAAUUUUUUAUUAACAAAAAUAGCACACUUGGGUACCUUUAGAGAAUAGGAAAAGUAGAAAUUACUAUUAACUUUGUGCAUCUAAUACGCAAGAAAUGGCAUCCUAAUCACUUCCUUGAUUAUUAAUGAAGUUGAAUAUUUGUGGUUUUUGAGUAGCUGUGUUCUUUGAUCAAAUGUGCAUGUUCUUUGCUCUUGUAAUACCUGUUGGAGUUGCUUUUGUUUUUUCAUAUUGUUAUCGUUGUGUAAUAAAUAUCAUUUAACUGAUAUUACUUGCAUUGAUUUUUUUCUCCCCUCCCCCCUCAGUCUUAACAGUUUUACAAAGGCAAGGUCAUCGCGCUCAUUUUUGAGAUCAAAUUUGUUCAUUUUGCAUUUUGAUCUUUUUGGAAUAAUUUUGUUAUGG